GGCCAGGACAGGCCGGUAACUGGGCUUGUCUCUGUAUCGGCUUCAGUCCAGAGGAGUCAGGCUGGCAAACAGCAGCCUGUGCGGCAGACUCGGUGAUGGCAGCUUCCCUGUCCAGAUGCUCAAGUACUGAAGUUGGAAAUGAUCUCCAAAUCCUUUGCUUCCCUUUGUUCCCGUUCGUUAGUAUAUACAUUGGUGUUGGGUGCACUGUACAUCAUACUUGGAUGCAGUCGGAUUCUUCUAAUGAAACUUUCUGCUAAUGAAGAUAAUGCAUAUGACUAUCUACCAGCUACAGUGAAUGUUUGUGCAGAGACAGUAAAACUGGUGUUUUGUAGCAUUCUAGCAAUAAGGGUUCUGAUACAAGAGGGACAGAAGUGCAAGAGUUUGGGAUACUCUUCUUGUCGGAGUUUUCUUCGAUUUAUGAAAUGGUCUGUUCCAGGGUUUCUCUACUUCUUGGAUAAUUUAAUUACCUUUUAUGUGCUAGUCUACCUCCAACCAGCGAUGGCUGUCUUGUUGUCAAAUUUUGUUAUCAUCACAACAGCUCUUCUGUUCAGGAUUGUUCUAAAGCGGCGCCUGUCCUCAGUGCAGUGGGCAUCACUCGUGAUUUUAUUCCUUUCCAUCGUAGCUCUCGUAGCAGGGUCUGGAGUAACCCAAAAUGUUGUGGCAAAGCAUACAUUAAAUCACACAAUGCACUUUAAUGCUUCGAAUAGCUGCAUUCCAUUUGUUUCAUCGCAGGAUAAAAAUUUACAGCAUCAGUUGGAGAUCAAUUCCACGCUAAUUUUAUUACCAGCUUUGAAAUGGAACAUAAGUUCACUAAAAAGCUUUAACCUUGGAUUUGGCCAUCUCUUCAUAAUUAUUCAGUGUUUUAUCUCUUCCAUGGCUAAUAUCUACAAUGAGAAAAUGCUGAAAGAAGGAGAUCAGCUGACUGAAAGUAUUUUUAUCCAGAAUAGUAAACUGUACCUUUUUGGAGUUAUAUUUAAUAGUCUGCUAUUACUACUUCGAUCUAAAUCCCGUGUCCACAUCCAGAACUGUGGCUUCUUCUAUGGACACAAUAUGUUUUCUGUGGCUUUAAUUUUUAUAACUGCUGCCUUUGGAUUGUCUGUGGCUUUUAUUCUGAAAUUCAAAGACAACAUGUUUCAUGUCCUCACUGCCCAAAUAAUAACUGUCAUUAUUACUGCAGUAUCUAUCUUUACAUUUGAUUUUACACCUUCCUUGAGCUUCUUCUUAGAGGUUCCGGUGAUAUUGCUGACAAUAUUUAUAUACAAUGCCAGCAGAAUAAAUGACCCUGCAUACAUGUUACAGCAAGAAAGAUUCAAGGUUAUAAAUGGUGAACUUCUGGAACGUUCCAGUGGGGAUGGUGAGGAAUUGGAGAGAUUGACCAAACCAAACACUGAUUCAGAAACAGAUGAAGAUUCCUUCUAAAAAUUGUUUUUAGUUUACAAUCACAAAUGAUUCCUUUUUUAAUGAAUGUGAAUUCGUACUUAACUUGCAUUGACUUGGAAAUGUAAGUCAGCCAUUCUUCCAUGGCCAUUAUCAGCAUUGUGCAAUCCCAGCCUUUUCAAGUCACAAUUCCGGAAUUACUGAUUUGGCUUUAAAUUAAGCUAACUCCGAAAAAUCUUAUGGUUAAAUUGCACAAACUCAGAUUUCCCAAUUGAUGCCAAAGGAACAGCACUCAAUCUUACAGCUGCCUUGGUCUGUUUGUGGACCUUUUGAAUAGCAACUUAUGGUUACUAAAGACUCAUCAGCGAGGGACCUCUAUAAAGGAUCUGAGACCUACAAGGAGCAGGAUUAGCAGCACUACAUCAUCAACAGACCAGAUUGAGGAAUCUUUAUGGAGAGACACAGCUUUAACCAGACAGUAUUUUCAUACAAAUUUAAUUCAAUGUAAGAUUAUCUACUAAAAGCUGAAAAAAAAAGUUUGAUAGUUAACAUGGAAUUGAAAUAAAGGGAAGUAUUAAUUUUUUAAAAAUUCUUUGAUGACUAAAUUCAUAGUUUUUUUGGCAUUAAAUUUAUUACACUCUUCAAAAUUUCACACCAGAAUGUGAAAGCCUGAACCUUUUCUGGUGUGUUUACUUGGUAACUAGUGACAGGUACUGUAACUUUACACCCUCUGGGUACUGCGUAUGAAGGAGCAGAGCAUCUCUGACAGCAACCUCCAGGUUUCUGUUUUUACUGUUCAUGCACUGAUAAUUUUCCUGUUAAUCCUGAGUAAAAUCUCAACCAUUACAUAUGCUCAUAUUUAUUCCAUUGCUCCUAUUCUAUUAUAUUUCAGUAAUAGCAUUUCUUAUUAUAGUAACAAUUACUUGAAAAUCUCUUACCAUGAAAACAAAUAAUGAAAGUAACUGAACAAGUACUUUGUCUGCCUCUGUGACAUGACAUUGAAAUAAAUGUACUUGAUUGUGCAAAUAUACUGUUGUAAAGUAGUACUCCAGUGUAGUUUAAUGCCUAUUUCAGGAGACUGUUAUCUUGGUUGGUCUUGUUUCUGUAUAGCUUUAUAGCAUUUCCAAAUGAGGUCAGUUCUAAUACUGGUAAUUAUUUGUGGAGUAAUAAUUUGGGAGGUACAAUCCCUGAGUUCAUUAAAAAUAAUGCAGUGUUUGUUAAUGGAAUGUGCCACCGUGUUGACUAGUUCCAGAAUGUUUUGUUAAGCAUUAAUUUUGGAUUAAAUUGUAGAUGAAAAGUAAAAUUAAAAGUACUUGAUUUAAUUAGUGCGUAUAAACUGAAUUAAAAGAUUAGUUGAAUGACUAUUAAAUGAACUUUACAAAGCAAAGUACCUUGUUAAAAGCAUUUUUCGUUGAUAUACGUGAGACUGUAUGGAUUCUGUGAAUUUUUAUUAUAGUGCUUAAAUGUACAAAGAAUUCUAAAAAUGUAUUAAUCAUUUGUAUUUAGUAAAACUUUCUGACAGUAAACAGCAGAUCAAACAUUUUCUAAAUUUUGAUCUGAAAAAAUACAAAAGCAAGUACUGGAUGCUAAAAUAAAAACAAUGUUGGAAAUAUUCAGUAUGAUUGAUAGGAUCUUUGGAAUGGUAUUUAAAAUAUUUCUCAUUAUUGUGUUAGAAACUAUAAGGCUGUAUACACGGGAACAAAUUAACAGAAAACAGUGCAAAGUAUAAGGUUAACUAUAAAAGAAAACAAAAUGAAGACAAUCAAUUACUCUGAUUUUUGUUUCUGAAAUGGUUUUAGCAGUUAUUUUACCUUCUCAAAAAUAUUAAAUAGGCAUGCAU